AUGUAGAUUACGGAUCUACUUACUACAAAAGACAAAAAGAUACUUGACUUGGUAAAGGAUCCCCCAAACAAUCUCAUUCCUAGGGCUCCUCUCACUCCCAGGUCAAUGCCGGUUUGCAAUGAAACUUUCUUUAGGCACAGAACCACUGAUUUAAAGCAGAACUGAUUUAAAUCUGUGCAUUGCCAAGGGCAAGGAGCAGAGGACAUGGAUAGAGAGAAGUUUCAGCAGAAGGCUCUGAAGCAAACUAAGCAGAAGAAAUCCAAGUCGGCUGAAUUUCUGAUGGUUAAAGAAGACAGAGAUGCUGCAGAAGGUAUUGGAAAUCCAGCUUUUAACAUGAGCAGCCCGGAUCUCUCAGCAUAUCAGACUUCAGAAAAGAACGUUAUUAGAUAUGACAUGCCAGAUCUCACCCUUGCAGCUCACCAACGAAAACUCAGGCUGCUCACCUCCGCUGAACCAAAAGGAAAUGAAUACAGCAGAAAUUACUUUGACCCACUGAUGGAUGAGGAAAUAAACCCAAGGCAGUAUGGGAUGGAGGUCAGCAGAGAGGUAUGUAUUAUGAGUAUCUCAGAGAAAGCAGAAUCAAAUUUGGAAAAUACGACUGGUCAUUCAGAGAAAGAAACAAAAAAGAGUAUCUCUGCAUCAAUGGAUGGCCAUGGUAGAUCCUUUGCAUGUUUUCGCCAGGGAAGGAUCACUAAUAAAGUUGGCCCCUGCCCUAUAGACUACAACCUCAGUCUCUUAAAAGAAGACCAUGAAUUACACUAUCAGGGAGAUAAACUGACUGAUCAUUCCCUGAGGGAAAGAUCAACUUCUGGGAGAACUGAAGGAAUUGAAGGUUAUUCACAGGACAUGUCUUACUUGGAGGACUUGGAGAAACACAAAUUUUCAGUUUGCUGCUCUUCUGCUGCUGAUAAGAGAGGAGCUGGAAAGUUCUCCAAGCAUCUCCAUUUUGUGCUAGUGUCAGUGUUUUCAGAACUCCAAUUAGCUCAAUGGCAAAGCCAGGGCUUUUGGUACAUUAUCCUGCUGAUGGCUUCCCUCUGGUUCCUGAGGCUCUACUUGCAUUACCUUGGCCAGUGGCUUUUCCUCGAGGCCAUCUCAACACCUGUGACGAAAUUUCAUUUUUACCCUCACACGGUUGAGCUUUGCUACCCGGCUUCUUCACUUCAAAUCAGAGAAGAGUUGCCCGUGGUUGUGGUGGGACCUCUAACACUGAAUGUGGUGAUGCUUCUUUUGGUUCUGAUCAGAUGGGGCUGUCAGCUGCUGUUUGCCUCCUGCCCUGAUGUCUUGUCAAAGUUAAUCAUUGCCAUGGGACUCUGGACAGUUCUAGACCCAUUGGCAGUGUUCAUAGUGGAUGUGAUCCUGGGGCGGCUUACACAUGAUGGGGAGGCUCCUGUAGCCGAUGCAGCAAAACUCUACUGGACAUUUGUAAGGACCACGCAAUCUGGAAUUCUUGGCAUACUGAUCACAAUGCUAGUCUACAUCCUCCUGUUCAUCAUUUCUUCUUUGAUUUUGUAUUUGUAUUGUCUCAGGUUGCACAAUGAUUCCUGGAUAUUGGAUACAUUUCAGCGCAUCCACAGUGACAAAGCCAAGUUCUUCAUACCAUAUGAUUUGGAGAUUUCCAACCAGGAGCUAAGUUAUAUAGUGAAAAGAUCUGAGCAGUGGAGAGGAAUAAAUGGUGAAAGAAGGAAGACUGAGAUCUUGAGAUCUUUUUGUAGAAUAAAAGAAGUUUCUCUUGCUUUGUUUCUUCAACUUCAACAUGGUUCCCAGAAUACAGUAAAUGUUUACUAUUUGUUAAAUACUUUAAAGAAUGAAGCACUUUCCAGUGUUAUUAAAGUUCUACGAAAGUAUGAUGAUGUCCGUUUAAAUUCAUGUGAUUAG